AUGCCACCAAAGAUCGUUGCCACCGCGGCUUCUACUCGAGAGAGACGAGCAGGAGUUCGCGAAAGUCUUAACGAGGAUGCUUUGCGGAAAGCCCAAGAGGCUGCGGCUAGAAAGAGGGCCGCCGAGGAGGCAGCGCUGCGAACGUCAAAGUCACCUUCACCUAAACCAAGGUCUAACACUGGAGCUAAGGAGGGGAUACGCGCUAGGGCUCUAUGUGUUCUUGUGAAGAAGCCUAGAACUACUGGCAAGAGCACGACAGGGGCCAAGCAACAGCAAAAGAACAACAUAAAGAAGACAAAGAAUGCCAGAGUAGCAAAGAAUAGCGGAACCAAAGGCAGAAAGGUCAAGAAGGAGGAGGAUGUGGCUGCUCACGGCUCGGACGACAAACCUGCUGUAUCAGCUACGAAGAGAAAGCAGGCUACUAAGGCUAAGGGAAAUCGGACCACUAAGGCCAAAGCUACUACGACGAAAGAGAAGAAGAAGACUCUAUCGCCCAAAAGAGAACGUGUUGUCAAAUUCCGUACCAUCAAAAAGUCACAGUCGAUUGAACCGUCUGGGGAGGAGGGCCGUGUUGAGAGUGAUGAUGAAGAGGAUGAUGACAUGCCACACGCGAAUUGGGUAUAG